AUGCGCGGACACCAGCUCUUCUUCUGCACCGGAGACCCGGACCGAACCCAGACGAGACCUGAACCCAGACGAGACCGGAACCCAGCCGAGACCGGAACCCAGCCGAGACCCGGAACCCAGACGAGACCGGAACCCAGCCGAGACCGGAACCCAGCCGAGACCCGGAACCCAGCCGAGACCCGGAACCCAGGUGAGAACUCCAACACGCACGCACUCAUCUCUCGGGAGAAGAAUGACGAGGCGGCGGAAGUCGCAGGUGGCGAGAUGGGGAACGGUUCGAUGAAAUCGAAGCGUUACAAACACACGGACGUCUCCGCCAACGCCGCCAACGCCGCCAACGCCGCCAACGCCGCCAACGCCUCCAACAGCCGAGCCCACAAAGACCAGAGCUUCAAAAACUCGUCCCUGGACUCCCUGAGGGCCCGGGUGGACGAGCUGGAGCGCGAGGGCCAGCGGAGGGACGAGGAGCUCGGUGCCAAAGAGCAGCAGAUCAAAGGCCUCCAGGAGCAGCUGGCCAGGCAGACGCGAUCUCUGGCCGAGCUGAGCGAGGAGCUGCAGGAGAAGUGCGUCCAGCUCAACAAGCUGCAGGACGUGAUGAGGAGCCAGAGCGGCGGCGGCGGGGGCCCGGCGGCCUCGAGGACCCCCUCCAUCAGAGCCGGCGCAGACAGGAGCAACUCGAACCUCAGCGUUCGCGUCAAGGGAAGCCUCAACCGGAGGAAAGGGGCCAAGUCCGGGGUGUCGGCCGAACCCACGUCCAGGACCUACGACUCCAGCGGCCUGCCCAAGUUCUCCUUCGAGAAGGCCCGGGUGUCGAAGGACGCGAGCGUAAAGAAGCUGCUGGCGGACGCCCUGAACAAGAACCAGUACCUGAAGAGGCUGGAGCUGCAGCAGAUCAAGGACAUGGUGGAGUGCAUGUACGAGCGCACCUACCAGCAGGGCGAGUACGUCAUCAAGCAGGGAGAGGCUGGCCACCAUCUGUUUGUCCUGGCAGACGGGAAGCUGGAUGUGUUUCAACACAACAAGCUGCUGGCGUCCAUCACGGUGUGGACCACGUUUGGAGAACUGGCCAUCCUGUACAACUGCACGCGGACCGCGUCCGUGCGAGCGGUGAACAAAGUGAGGACGUGGGCUUUGGACCGGGAGGUGUUUCAGAACAUCAUGAGGAGGACGGCCGAGACGCGGCACGAACAGUACCGCAACUUCCUCCGCAGUGUUUCCCUCUUGGCUUAUCUACCAGAGGACAAGCUAAGCAAAAUAGUGGACUGCCUCGAGGUGGAAUACUAUGACAAGGGAGAGCACAUCAUCCGGGAGGGAGAGGAGGGCAGCACCUUCUACAUCAUCGCACAGGGGAAGGUUAAGGUGACCCAGACCACCGAGGACCACGAGCUGCCGCAGACCAUCAACACGCUGCAUAAGGGGGACUACUUUGGAGAGAAGGCACUCAUAAGUGAUGACGUCAGGUCGGCUAACAUCAUGGCCGACGAGAACGGGGUGGAGUGCCUGGUCAUCGACAGAGAGACCUUCGAUCAGACGGUGGGCACCUUCAACGAGCUGCAGAAGUACCUCCAGGGCUACGUGGCGACGCUCGAUCGCGACGACAAGAAGAGACACGCCAGGAGGUCGGUGUCGCGUCACCAGAGCCAGCCGCUGUCGCCGGACGUCCUCCAUCGGAAGGAGAUGGUGUCGGAGUUUCCUCCGUCCACGCCCUUCGACCACCUGGAGGUCGUCGCUACUCUCGGGGUCGGCGGCUUCGGACGGGUAGAACUGGUGAAGGUGCGCGGCGAGGACGUCACCUUCGCUCUCAAGGUCAUCAAGAAGAAGCACGUCGUGGACAACAGGCAGGAGGAGCACAUCCACUCGGAGAGGAAGAUCCUCGCCGAGGCUCGCUCGCCGUUCGUCGUCAAACUGUAUCGCACCUUCAAGGAUAACAAGUACGUGUACAUGCUGCUGGAGGCCUGUCUGGGCGGAGAGAUCUGGAGUCUGCUCAGAGACCGGGGAAGUUUCGACGAGCCCACCGCCAAGUUCUGCGUCGGUUGCGUCACGGAGGCUUUCGAUUACCUCCAUCGCAAAGGCGUCCUCUACAGAGACCUGAAGCCUGAGAACCUCAUGCUGGAUACCGAGGGAUACAUCAAACUGGUCGACUUUGGCUUCGCCAAGAAAAUCCGAUGCGGCCAGAAGACCUGGACCUUCUGCGGGACGCCGGAGUACGUGGCCCCCGAGAUCAUCCUCAACAAAGGCCACAACUUCAGCGUGGACUUCUGGUCUCUGGGCAUCCUGGUGUUCGAGCUCCUAACCGGCAGUCCUCCGUUCUCCGGGAGCGACCAGAUGAUGACGUACACCUUCAUCUUGAAAGGAAUCGAGAAAAUGGACUUUCCCAAGAAGAUCACCAAGAGGCCCGAGGACCUCAUACGCAAGCUGUGCAGGCGAAAUCCCUCAGAGCGACUGGGCAACCUCAAAAACGGAAUAACUGAUAUCAAGAAGCACAGGUGGUUUAACGGCUUCAACUGGGAGGGCCUGAAGGUCAUGACUUUACCCUCUCCACUGAAAAGAGAGCUUACAGGACCGACAGAUCACAGCUAUUUCGACAGCUACCCUCCGGAUGAGGAAAGUCCACCCGAUGAGCUGUCUGGUUGGGACAUGGACUUCUGA